UGCAGGAAACACUUUCCAUCCAUCCAUCCCAAUGGCACUACAGCCCAUGGAGGGCUUUAGCUGGCUUCAACACAUCCCUCCAUUCAGAUCUCUCCUUAGCCUUUUAUCUCCGUCACUAUCUGUGGGUCUUCAUACAAUUGAUAUAUCUCAUGCACAUACAACUCAAUUUACUUCUAUUGGCUGGAAAUAUUUAAAGCAUGACAGUGGCAUAGGUAAAUUACCAAAUAGUGGAUCUUAUGUUGGAUUGAUCAACCCUGAUGAACUGACCUGACCAUUGUAAUUGAAACCAUAACUCAUGACCACUCUAUCUGUAUAGGUCCUGGUAUACCCUGGGAUGAUGUUCACCCACAACUUUUAACUUGAAAUCUUAAAGGAAGUUUUGCUAAACUAACAAGCAUGAAUGUCUGGUACAGUAAGAUAGGGUUAAUGGUCAACCUGACAUUAUGGUUCAUUCAUUGGGACAGCUAAUGUUUGUGUCUGAUCAAGCAGUUCUCAAGUUAGGGCUUGAUGAAGUCUACAAACUGACCAUUAUAUCUACUGGACAAAAAAGGAUCUUAUAUGUAUAUUUUAAACCUGGUCAAUGCCUAUUUCUCCACUAUUGUCGACAUCUUGAGAUUUAGCACGGCGUGACAUCACCAUCGGCAGAAACCGAAGACGGCUGAUACAUUUGUGUGGGUGAAAAACUCAAGGCUUCGCUCGAAGACAGCUGAUACAUUUGUGUGGGUGUAAAAUUCAAGGCGUCGCCUGAAGACAGAUGAUACAUCGUUUCCACGUGAGCGCUCGUCACCAACUUUUGACACGCUCUUGCAUUGUCGAGGUUUCACCUUACAUUGCUAUACAGAAGGUCCUCCAUUUAGACCUCUGUUCACUUAUGGUCAUUCUAAUUUUUCAGAGACUUUACAUAUUUGGAUUAUCUAAGCUGAAGUUCUCCACUUAAGUACUGUUGGAUUAUUUAUACGAAUGUUCAAGUACUUUUGGAUUAUUGAUCUUUGACGUUGAAGUUGGACUAACUUGUACCUAUUGGCGCUCUCCUAGUCAUCGUUGUACGCCGAAGAAAUAACACAUGCCUGCAUUACUACACUUACAUUUUGGAUUAUCUUAUUGGAUUAUUUGGAUUACCUGUUGGACUUGUGUUAAUUGUAAAGGUCAAGAGGAAAUAUUUUUUGACAUUACUUGAGCAUUUGAGCCAUCUUAUGGCAUAUGACUGGAUUAUUUUACUACUACUUUGAUGCUCACAUUGAUGUGUAUUCUCAAUCGGAUUACUUAGUUACCUUACCCAUGGAUUAUUAUUGAACUACUCAAGCUGUAUUUGUAUUUGACAAGCUACAAGAGAGGAUUAAUCUAGAUCAGUCUACAAAAGAAAGUCUGUAAGUUAUAAUUAAGGAUUGAAUAUAUUCAUAUGAUUAAUAAAGUACAUUGAUUUUGCUGUGGUAUAGCAGUAAUUGAAGUUGAUUAUAUAUAGAGUUAGUGAUUGAUAACUCUUGGAACCAUAUUAAAUUGAUUUUCAUUUUUUAUAUUUGUUACCUUAAAGGGCGGUCGGCGUGGGUCUGUCUUAUGUUUUGAGACUGAAUUGGCACAAUUUAUUUGUUCCGUUCCAUUUCACUUCAUCUGAUAGGGAUCUUUAGGGAUUUUCUUGUUGUUCUCCUAGUCCUAAUAAGGUCCGAGUAGACCAGCCUUGUUCGGUAGGGACUUCUAGAUCAUUUGGAAAUUUUUUGUUUAGUGGUAUCUAUAGUUUUGUUUGUACAAUCGUAGUGUGAUUUCUCUUUGUAUUCAUAUUGUUUGUUUGUGUAAGUCUUGUAUUUACAUAUCUGUGAUUCUCUUGUCAAAGUCUUCUAUUUAUUGAUUUCUUUUAAAGCAGACUGUAUUGUUAUCUAUAUUGUUUUUGUGUUCGUCACCUAUACUUUAAUUUAUCUCUUUAUUCUCUCAUUAAUUAAUUUUUUUUUCAUUUUUUCACUGCACAUAUAACAUGUUACAAAGAUAUAUUUGAAGUAAUAAUAUUGUGUACAUAUAUACUAUCACUUGAAUUAGAGCCUUAUUUUUUGAGCUCUUGUACUUAUUUUGUAUUGACACAUUUCUCGUACUCUGAUUAUUUUGUUGGUACAUUUUGACGCAACACUUAUUACUAUUGACUCAUUUGUACAUUGUAUUUGGCACACAUUGAUUACAAACUCAACACAUUUAUUGGCCAUCUAUUAUUUAAAUAUCAAAUAUACAUGCAAAGUGAGACAUUAUUAUUUGUAUUUUGAUAACUAAGCACUCACUACACAGUUAAUACUACAUACAGAUUGGAAUCCUAUAUAUUUGUUGACUUUAUACACGUUGAAGAUUAUUUAAUAUUUAUUGACAUUAUACACACUUGAAGCCUAAACCCAUACCUAUCAACAAUGUCUACCUAUGAUAAAAUCUUGGAGUUGGCCAGAGAAAUGGAAUUGAAGGGUGAAAAGAAAAGAGAAUUUAUCGAAAGAGAAUUGGAUGAAUUAAAGAAGAAAGAACGUGAAGUAGCGGAACGAGAUGAACGAGCGGCAGAAAGAGCGCAUCAGAAAGAAAUAAAAGAAAUAGAGGGAAAAGUUGAGUUAGCUAAACUGGAAGCUGCAAAAGUGAAUCCGAACAUAUUACAACCACUGACACAGCAAGCCAAACCAUACGUCUCGAAGUUCCAUAAGUUCAAUGAGAAAAACGAAACUCUUGAAAACUACAUUGUGCAAUUUGAGCACAUAGCCUCAACGUAUGACAUGUCUCCUAGAGAUAUGGCCAAGCACCUACUCGCCAAUCUUGCAGGUGAACCGCUGAACAUAAUAGCCACCCUGACACCUGAACAAAAGACUGACUACAAGGCUGUGAAAAACAGACUCCUCGAACACUUUGGCAAAUCCGAGGACCACUACAGAAAACUCUUUCGAGACAUCAGAUUGCAAAAGAACGGUGAUUACAACAGAAUUAUUUUUGAAAUUAAGCAAAAUAUCUUAAAGUGGCUUGAACUCUCCAACUGUGAUAUGAUGAGACCAGACCAAAUCAUUGAUAUGUUCUUAAUUGACAGUGUACUAUUGAAUGUUACAGACAACAUUUUCACUUUCCUGAAAGAGAAGAAAAUUAAAAAUGAAACAGAACUCAUAACUAACCUGAAUUUAUUCAAAGACAGCCAUCCCAAUCACACCAUCGACAGAAGAGACCAUCAAAUAGCUGCCACCAUUAACACUGAUUCAAGUAAAUUCAAAUACAGCAGCAACAAUAAAACCUGCUUUAACUGCGGCAUAAAGGGUCACAUAAAGAGCCAAUGUAGAUCAAUCAACAGAAGCACUUUCCAGUAUCAAAGUGGCACAUAUCGAGACAAUAAAUAUGACAACAGAAGAAACAGCAGAGCAACCCAAAGUUACAGCCCUAAUGAUAGAAGAAGGCAAUACAACACCAACAACGAUAAUUACAAUUCCAGAACUAUCAAAGAAGACAGCAAUACAAUACCAACAACUUUCAGAACUAUCACAGACAAUCCAGACGUGAUGGCUACGAACGAAACAGAUACAACAGAAAUACUUCAAACAGAUGGCAAAGUAACAGCAACAAUAGAAUCCAUAGACGCCCUAGCAGUUAUGACAACUCAGCCGCAACCAUCGACACUCACGAACACGAACAUGUAGCAUUCAUGAACUCAACUCCAGAAAAUAAUUCCUAUCCAUUACUUACAAACCGGCUGGACAACGCAUCACGAAACAGUAACAUUAGAACUGGAAACACACAUGACACUAGUAGUUAGCAAGCUAGACAUAGGGCAGCACAACAUACAAUUUUGUUUAUUAUACAAUAGGAUACAACACCAUCACAAAAUCAUUAAAUAUCAGUAAUAUAACUAAACAAUGACAUUGUUCACAUAAGUCAACAACUAAAAAUAUCACACUAUUUUACAUAACACUAGCACCGUUAAGGACUCAUUAGCCAGUACAAGUGUAAUUCAUUGAAUCUGUUGAUGCCAUAUUCUACAUAUAACUUUGAUUGUAUUUGUACACAUGACACUUCAAAAGGUCAUAUGUGCCCAAUUUUUGCAUAUGUGUAAAUUAUUUUUCCAAGAGUCCAUUUGAACAGAACGCAGUCAUAUUAAAACCUGAUUAUGUGACACUAUUUAUUGAAAUGUAUUUUUCAUUUUUUCAAAUGUACAUAACCUUUGUAAAUUGUAUAGAUAUGACUGUGACAUUGAUCUUCACUGAUGAAUUUAUUUUUUCCCACAUAUCAGUUUUGAAGACUAUUUGAGCUUAAUUCAAGGCUUGAAACGAUACACUUGAUGAUAUGUAAUGCAAACAAUGAUUUUUUGAAAAGAAUAUUGUAUUUAAUUAGUGAGAUCUAUUUGAGCAUUACUGAUGGCUUGAAAAAUAAUUGAUACUGUGUAAUGCAAACUGAAUCUUUGAAUAGAAGAUUGUACUUAAUAUGAGAAGUAUUGGAGCAUUAUUGAUGGCUCAUGAAGUAAUAUAUAUAAUGUGUGAUGUAAUCGCUGAUUUUUUGAGGAGAAGAUUGUAUUUAAUAUGAGAAAAUUAUUUGAGCAUUAUUGAUGGCUCGUGAAGCAAUACAUUUGAUGUGUGUCGUAGACACUGACUUUUUGAGAAGAUUGUAUUUAAUAUGAGAAAAUUAUUGGAGCAUUAUUGAUGGCUCGUGAAGUAAUAUAUUUGAUGAUGUGUGAUGUAGACACUGAUAUUUUUUGAGGAGAAAAUUGUAUUUAAUGACAAAACUUUUGGAGCAUUAUUGAUGGCUCAAGCAGUAUAUUUUAUAUUAUGUGAUGAUAACACUAAUUUUGAGAAGAAUAUUGUAUGGAUAUGAGAAAACUAUCGAAGCAUGAUUAAUGGCUCGAAGUAAUAUACUAAUAUACGGAUGGCUGCCUGGUCGUGCGGUUUGCGCGCUUGACUGUCGUUCAGAUUUAUCGAUGGUCCCGGGUUCAAACCCUGCCCGCUCCCAUCCCCCGUCGUCCUGCGGGAGGUUUGGACUAGGAAGUAAUUAUCUUCAACUCUGAAGGAACAUCCGAAACAUGUAAAACAUUUUUUUUUAAAACUUGAUUUUUGAAAGAACAUUGUACUUGAUUCAUGAAGACUAUUGGAGCACUAUUAAUGGCUCAAAGUAAUAUAUUUGAUUUUUGAAUAGAACAUUGUAUUUGAGUGAUGAAGACUAUUAGAGCACUAUUAAUGGCUCGAAGUAACAUAUUUGAUGUUACAUAACGUGAAAAGCUGAUUCAUUUUUUCGAGAGAAGAUUGUAACUUACACUUAUGUUAAAAGAACUUGUGCUCACAGUAAGACAUAUGAGCCAAAUGAAUAUCAUGAUAACGACCUUGAUGCUUUAAUAUGCUUAUGACUUUGAUGAUUUAAAUAUGUUCCUCAUAAAUCAUCAUUAAAGAAUAUAUUUUCUUGACUUUCAUGAUUUAGUAGCAUUGUCAAAACAUUGCCAUUAUUUUUGUACAUAAACCAUUGAGACAACAUAAAUAUUUAUUAUAGAUACAUUUGACUUGCAUUGAUUUAUUUUAAAGAACAUUGUCAAUAUCUUUUCAUUUGACCAUGUAACCAUUGUCAAUAUUUUUCAUUUGAUUAUGUAACCUGAUGGGAUAAACUAAGUAUAUUUGUAUACGAGCAUUUUUCAUGGCUGCUCAUUCCUUUGUAAAAUUAAUAUUGAAAGCAUUCUUUUGAUAAAUUGAGAAUUUACUUUGAAAUUUUGUGUAAAGAAACACUUGCCUUUUGAGUAAUGUUGACAACUAUGAGUAUUGUCUACACAGACAAAUAUUUUUUCAAAUAUUGUAAGGUCAAAUGAGACCAUAUAUAAGUCUCAUCAAAUUUUUUGAUGGCAUGAUAAGACAUGUGCCCGAGAUUAUAGCACACAUUGUACAUUUGUAUGGAUUAUUUCUCUCUCAAAAGAUGUGACUAUACAUAUAAUAGUAUUAUUACUUAAAUUUCAAAAGAUUUUUACAAAAUCUUUUUUUUUUUAGGGAAAGGGCGUAAUGUCACAGUCUUAGUUGACAUUGCAUGAUCUAAAGUUCACAUCAUGUUAAUAGUUUAAAAGACAUGUGGAAUUCCUAAUGUAGAAAACAGGAAGUAGAAUGAAUAAAGUUGACUUUGAAGUCAGUCAGUCAGUCAAGUAAAGCAGACAAGUGAAGUCAAGUUAGAAGUCAAGUGUUAUUCUUUGGACCGAGUGGUCAAGUAUAUUUUAGUCCGGGAUGGACAGUAGCGACUUAGAAAAGUCUGUAGUAAUUUCAGUUAGAAAGUAACUUGUGGGCAGUUGUUGCCAGUGGUCUUUUGAGACAUGUAUUAGUUAAUCUAUAUUUCUACACAGUGUUGCCCGCUGAGAUGCGGACAUGAUUUGUUGUUAACGUAUUGGAUACUUUUGAUACCGCUGUUAUGCGGAUAGGAUUAUUAUUUCUUGACUUGUAGCACUAACAAGGAGUGCAGUAUAUUAUUAUUAUUAUAGUAAAAUAAACUUCAUGUUGUCUGCUGAACGGACUUGAGUCAGUCGUAUAGUGUUUGUCUUGUCACGUGUCUAGAGUACUUCAGGAAGUAAGAACUCAAUAUUACACCAUUCAACGUUCAUUGACAGACCCCCUCCCUCCCAACCAUUUCCUCUGCCUUAUCUUGAUGACUUUGACUUUAAUUAGACAUUAAGCUUUCCAUGUGCUGAAAUUUAGCAUUGUAGAACGGGAAAUAAAUUGUCUAUGACAGUUCAAAGUGUGUAUACAUUUUUUUUGACGCACCCUGUAAAUAUAUUGUAUUCAGUGUGAUUUUUUUAUUUUACCAUUUUCUAAUAUUAGUUUGUUAGCUCAAUAACUAUUAACCUUUUAGAAUGUUAUCUUUUGUAAUGUUAAGACUAGAAAACGAUCUCAAAAUUAUAUUUAGGACGAUGAUUACAAUUACUUAGUCAAUUACUUAGAUAAAAUAAUUAUAAAACAAAAGUUAUAUAAAGACAUAAUUAUACAAUGUUUAUGUUUUGUAUGUUCAUAAAAAUGUGUAUAGCAGUGUUAUGGAGUGUGUGUGUGUGGGUGUUUCCAAGGUAACGUUGAGAAAUUAGCGAUUGGUUGGCGGAUAUGCAGUGAGGAUGGUGAAAUUACAAAAAUGGUCUAGUGUAAUGCAAAUUACCCAGGGAUCUGAAACUGUACAGACAGGUUUUUUGUAGUGAGUUAGAUUUUGUUUAAAAUACUUAAAAUACCAUUUUAUAUUAUUGCUACUAGAUUUAUUUCAUUUCAUCUAGGUUAGUAUUAGGGUUAGUGUUAUGUUGUAAUAAAAGUUAUAUUUAGUUUUGUUUCAUAAAAAGAAGUUUUUUCAAGUUUCACAAUUAAAUAUAUAUAUAUAUAUAUCCAAGCAGUAGUUCUCACCAAACUUUCAUACACUGGCAGAACUACCUUAAAAAAAUGUUCUGCUGGAGGCUGGUGUGGGUAGUAUAGAAGAAAUACUUAUUCAACAGCUGUGAUGGGUUGGAAAAUUAUCCCACAUGGGGGGCGACUGCAUGCCAAAUGGUAUCUUCAAGGAUGGCGUAACGGGGUGCUCCUGUAAGCACUAUAAAGAUUAACUCAGGCACCUUUUUGCCAUAGAGGAAAGUAGGUUGUAAUAGGGUUUAUAAAAACACUGCACUCAUCUUUUAUCUUCAGCAUCAUUAUUAUUAUUAAACCAUUACUCAAAUUUUGCUUUGUUAUUUUGCCAUGUAGCGAUUUAAUGCUGCUGGGGUGAUCAAUGCUUAAAAAAAUAAAAAUAUGCUGUGUUUUUACUUUGGCCCAGCGGUGGCUCCCACAUUUAUGUCUUUUGUAUUUUUCUAUACCAGUUCUGUUACUAUGCAAAUGCAAAAAAAAAAAUGCAAGUUGUUGCACUAUUGAUAUUUUUUAUACUAAUUUUUUUAUUUAUAUUAUUAAUUAUUUAUUAUUAUCUAAGCAUCUGUUUGUAUUUGAGCUGGGUAAUGAAUAUAGAUUCUUAAAUUUAAUUGUUGUUUGUUGCUUUACUCACUUUUAAACUGUGACCAUGUAAAUUUUGUCUAGAUGGAGAAUGGUAAUGUCUUAGUGUUAAUGAUUAGAUUGAGAAUGUUAAUGUCUUAGUGUCAAUAAUAACAGUGAGAAUGGUAAUGUCUUAGUGUCAAUGAUAACAGUGAGAAUGGUAAUGUCUUAGUGUUAUUGAUUAGAUUGAUAAUGGUAAUGUCUUAGUGUCAAUGAUUACAUUGAGAAUAGUAAUGUCUUAGUGCCAAUGAUUACAUUGAGAAUAGUAAUGUCUUAGUGCCAAUGAUAACACUGAGACAAUCAUUAGAUUGAGGAUGGUAAUGUCUUAGUGUCAAUGGUGUAACACUAUGAUUAGAGUGAGAUGCAUGAGAUGAUUUCAGUUCACGUGAAAAUGGGUCUUACACAUUGUCGAGCAAAGAGGUACCAUUUUUGAUUACAUGACCACGAUUUUUUAGUAAGUUAGCGCCAUGAUGUAUCAAGAGACGUAGGUGUCUCUGUUUUAUGAAAUUGGAUUAAAUAAUAUGAGUACCUAAUUGGAGAUAUUUCUAUGGAUGUAGUUUGUAUUUGAUGUGAAAUAAUUCAUGAUAUUUUAUGGCUGAGAUUGCCUACUUUAUGAACUAUUAUUUGAUGUAAUAAAUAUUUGUCUGCCA